AUGGGAAAUUGUUCGAGUGAUGAACUAAGUAUUUCUGAAUUGGAAUUGUAUAGUAAAUAAUUAAAUUAUGUUAAAGCACCUUAAUUAUCAUAAUAUAAAUUACUUUACGUAAUAGGAAUGGGAGGUUAUGGAAGAGUGUGGAAAGUGAAAUGUUAAAAAAAGUUUUUUGCAUUAAAGGAAAUGAUAAAAUCUUAGUAGAUUUCUUAGCUAUAUAGAGUUUAGAAUAAUUGCAAAAUAAUCUAUUUAGAGUGUGAUGAAUGAGAGAAUUCUGCUUUAAAAAUUAAAUCAUCCGU